AUGCCCAUCGCCCAACGCCCACCCACAGACACCCCCCACACACCCCCUCGCCGCGUCCCUCGCCCCCUCGCCCCUCCCGGCCAGCCUCCCUCGCCGGACCACCCUAGGGGCCAGGUGCCCCCACCUGCACCCUGCAGUCCGUACGGGCGAACGCUGGCAGAAGCCUAUGCAGACGCUCACUCACAUCCACACCCAUCCACCAGCCGUACACCUUCCCAUGGCGCUUGGCGGCCCGACGGGCACGCGCGGGAGAAAAAGCCGAUAUUUGAUUGGAUCACUCGAAAGCUCACAACGGCGAGGAGGACUACAGUAUCCUCCCACAGUACGCAGGAUGCGGCGGGCGAGCGCAGAGAGAAACGGAGUCGCCUCGCGAGCAUGCCGAGAGCGCGAGGACUGGGGCUGAGCAAUACCCCGAGCCAUGAUUCACAGCGGAAGAGGGAGAUCAGCAUGCCCGCCAUGACACGCGCUGACACACUUCCCUCCGUGUCCUUCUCUCUCGACAGCGCUGCCAACACUGUCGAGCAUGACCGCCGACGCGAAGCAAACAAUCCAUACCCAUCGCUACCACUCUCUCUCGCUGCCGGCCACAACCGGCACAAUAGACAUCUGGAUGCAGGUGCAGAGGAUACGACAGGCAUGAGCAUGUUUAGCGGUACAGUAAGCCUCAGCGGAGAAGGAAGUAUGCGAGAGACGGAGGAGGAAGGCGGCAACUAUAGCAGGCGGUCUAGCAGGAGUGCGCCUUUUGAGCGCGAUACUCAUUACUCCACCGUCUCCGGGCAUGGGGGUAGUGACUGGCCAGCAGAUGACGAUGCUUCACUCCGCCCUUUCCCACCCUCUGCCCGUGGAUCACCCACCCAAUCUUCCUUCCGCUCGCCCUCGACUUCGGUACUCUAUCACAAACGUCUACGAGCCAGUACCCUGUACAGUGCUUCAUCUGAUGGAGCCGAUUUGGAAGGAGGGAGGGACAAUGAAGAUGGCGAUGCCGAGGAUGGUGACGAGAGCAGCGGAAGAGGGGUAGGGCGGAGAAGGAUCAGUCGGGACGGUUCUACCAGCACAAAGCCCACUACCUGUAUCAGCUAUGACUCGGGUCUAGGAGUGGCCCAUAUUGCCCACGCCUCAACUCCUCCAGCUGCCCCGAGCACGGCCUCGCACACGACGCCUGUAUUCCCGAUCAUAUCACCCCCCGUCUCGCCUCAGCCGCCCCCAAUCCCCAACGACCCUCUGGUCCACGCCCCCACCCACACUCCCCAUCACCCUAGCUACAAUCCUCACCCGUCAUCGUCUCCAGAUCCGAACGCGUCUACCCUGACCCUGGCGUCUUCCUCAUUUGCUCUCCCCGCCCCACCCGGUCAAAGAAGAAGCGAUAGGCCUUCGAGCUUGGUGACUUCCCCCAGUAUAAUAACCUGGGCCGAACCGACCUCUGCCCCUCUGUCUCCGCCUUAUCCUGCCACUGGUGACCGGCCAUUAUCAGUCCGGACAUCUAAUUCCUACGCUCAGUCCCUGGGCACUGGCGGCGGCCACCUGUCACUCCAUGCCCCUAGCAUCAGCAUGUCUCUAAGAGGGCUGAGGGGUAUCGGAGGCGCAGGGCCGAGUGGAGGGUUCGAUGGAAGGGCGGAUGGCGAUGCAAGCGUGCGUGCUGUGAGGCGCAAGGGGAGCUGGGAGAGCAAUGAGAGUGGCUGGAGCUGGAGGGGGGCUGCCGCUGCCGCCGUAGCCCAAGGGCAAGGACCGGCGAGUGUGACUGAACGCGACGGCACAGAGUUGGAGAGAGUGCUGGAAAGCCCAAGGGUGAUAGAUGUGAAAUAA